CGGGCUUUCCGCGCGGGGCUUCCUUGUCGGCGCUGGUGGCCUGGGAAUCCCUCGGCCGCUCCGCCCGGCAUCCCGGUGCUCCCGUGGGCUGCUGCGGGUAGGCAAGGACCGGCGGCGAGCCGGAGUUUCCCGGUUAUCCGCAGGAGUCGGCGCCGGGCUUUGGGCUCCGUUGUCGGCGGCACCGGCGGGAGCAUCCUCGGGAGAGCCCGCCCCGAGCCAGGAAAAACAAAAUGAAGGAACUAGUGUCAAACAGUACAACCAGUAUUUCUCAAGCCAGGAAAGCUGUGGAGCAAUUAAAAAUGGAAGCAUACAUGGAUAGAAUAAAGGUAUCCAAGGCUGCAGCAGAUUUAUUGGCAUAUUGUGAUGCACACAUUGGAGAAGAUCCCCUUAUUAUUCCUGUACCUGCAUCUGAAAAUCCCUUUAGGGAGAAGAAACUCUUUUGUACUAUCCUUUGAGUCAGUUGUCCAUUAAAAAUGUCAUCUGCUAAAACUUGGUAUCAGUGUUGCAUGCUUUUAGCAUUUUUUUUCUCAGAUGUCAACACUUACCCCAUAACUACAAUAUUUUUGGAAGGUAGUGCAAUUUUGGCUAAAAACCCCCCUAAAAUUAAAAAAAAAAAAAAAAGAAAAAUUCAAGGUAAUGCUUAUCUUUCAGAGCAAUGUACAAGUUUAAUUUCAGUACUUCACAAAUAUUCUUUUGGUCUUAGUGAAAAUACCAAGUACAGUAUCAAAUUGUAGAUAUCUUUGCCAGUAAUAGAUUUUUCCGGGAUCUAACUGAGUCAUAUCAAUUCUUGAAGCUAUUUUUAACAUUCUUAUUUUCUUUGGAAGGUGGAUUCAAUUCAAUUGCCUUUACAAAUUUCUAUCUAAAGAGAGUAGUAUGACCUUUUCCUCAAGUAGCACUAUUUAGGAAAAAGUUCCAGUGAUUUACAAUGUUUACAGUGAUUGCUCUUAUACAGUAAGUGGUGUCUAUAAAUAUGUUUUCUGAAGACUGUUUUUUCUUGACUACAAAAACAAUCCUAAUAAAGUGCCAUUGUAGCUACGAGCAGAAUGAAGAUGUAUAGUUACACAUCAGGAUUGCAUCAAUAAAAAUGUAGAAAAAUGUG